UCGAAUUGGAUAUCCAAAUAAAAAUGCUCAAGGCUAUUCUCGUGAUCGGUUUGCUGGCGACACUCGCCGGAGCCGAGCUUCUACAUCGUAUGCCGAUCUACAAGUGGGAAAAUCCGGUGAAAAGUCGCGAUAAUUUAAUGGCCGAGGUGUCACUUUUGUGUGUGAAGUACAAUGGGACAAAUACGAAUGUCUUGAAUAUGACAACAGCACCGACAACAACUACAAGUAGUGGGAGUAAUGAAGGCUUUGAGCCUUUACAUCCAACGUUAAAUAAUUUCUUUUAUGGUACAAUUCAGAUUGGAACACCUCCAGAUUUCUUUAAUGUAAUGUUCGAUACGGGAUCUUCGAAUCUUUGGGUGCCAUCGUACAAUUGCACAAGUCCAGGCUGCCUUUUUCACACCCAAUACUUUCCGGGCCUGUCCUCUACAUAUAAGCCAGUGGAAAAUGCGAACAUUACCAUCGCAUAUAAUCUAGGUGCAAUAUCCGGUUACCUUGGAAUGGAUACCGUGCUUAUUUCUGAUAAUCUUAUGCGCAUAUCUAAUCAAACAAUUGUCGCUGCAACCAGUGAGACUGGCUUUAAGAAUUAUUUCUUCGAUGGUAUUCUGGGCAUGGGAUCUCCAAAUAUGGCUAAGGAGUAUAUAGCAUCACCAGUCUACAAUAUGUAUAAGCAAGGUUUGAUAAGUCAACCAGUAUUCUCGUUCUAUAUGGAUUUUGAGGACACAACAGCAUUUGAUGGUGAAGUGAUCUUUGGCGGUUCCGAUUCCGAAUUCUACGCAGGCAACAUGACUUAUGUUCCUGUUUCGAAUCCUUUAUUCUGGCAGUUCCAAAUGACGGCCGCCUCCAUGGAGGGCGUUUCCCUCUGCUCCAAUUGUGAUGCUAUUGUCGAUACUAGCACUUUUCUGAUCAUGGCACCUCCAAGGGCCUAUAAUCAUAUUUAUACCAUGCUCAAUGUCAAUCCGGAUGGUUCCGUCGAUUGCUCAAAUAUUAACACGAUGCCAACGCUCAAGUUUCUUAUUGGAGGUACCGUCUUUGGUAUUCCUGCCUCGAACUAUGUGCUGGAUUCAAACUCUGGUGCUUGUACUUUGGGUAUUCAGACCAUGAACACGGAUUUCUGGAUACUGGGCAAUAUUUUCAUUGGACAAUAUUAUACGGAAUUCGAUGCCGGCAAACAACGCAUUGGAUUCGCUUCUGUCCACGGUGCACAAUACACAAACCAGAAAAAUCACACAAAUUCCGCAUUUGUCAGCUAUUCUAACAUGUGGAGUGUAUUUGCUUUAGUAAAUAUUAUUAGUUAUAUUUUUUGAAAUUUGUUUUUGAAUCUAAAAUCUAUGACAGCAUCUUUUUGAAAUAUAUUAUGAAAAUUAUUUUUUAA